AUGUUCCGUUUCCAACGGCAGCGGACCUCAUUGUCCAAUGCCAUGUCCAUUGUGGAGCUUAAUGUCCACAUGGACUGUGAAGGAUGCGAGAAGAGAAUACGGAAGGCAAUCUCCAAGUUGGAUGGGGUUGAUACUGUGGAAAUAGACAUGGAUAAACAAAAGGUGACGGUCACUGGAUAUGUGGAUCAGAGGAAGGUCCUCAAGGCAGUGCGGCGGACCGGCAGGAAGGCUGAAUUCUGGCCAUACCCUUAUGACUCUCAGUACUAUCCAUUUGCCAUUCAAUAUCUUGAGGACUCGACAUACUCGUCAACUUAUAAUUACUACCGGCAUGGAUACAACUCCAGUGUGUGUGGAUAUUUUCCUGACCCAGCUUACUCUAUGAUAGUUGAUGAUGAGAUGGCUGCAGUUUUUAAUGAUGACAACGUUCAUGCAUGCAUGAUAAUGUGAAAAUUACAAGCACUUGGAAUUAUGAAUAAAUGAAUGUCUUUGGAGUACUUAGAUAUAGUUCUAAAUAAAAUUGGUGCUUUAUGUGUUUUGCUAAUGUUAGUAUAUAUGAUAAUACUUAGAUUUAGUUAGUGUGCAAGUGCAUUUUUCCAGUGGUGUUACCUGUGAAAAGAUUCAUGGAUGUUUCUCUCACAGAAUAUAUUCUUGUGCUCCUGUAAGGCAACAAAA